AUGAGGUCGAUCUUACCGAAGCCAGCGUAGCUGAGACCAGUACCAAAAACAUCAACAACAGCUUUACGGUGAUCACCCCGUUCCGAAAGCUCAUUCUGUGUGCAGAGAACCGGAAGGAGAUGGAAGAUUGGAUGGGAGCCCUGAAGGCUGUCCAGAAGUGGGCAGCUAAUGAGCAUUUCCAGCUGACAUCCGACCACUUCUCCAGCACCCACAACUGGUACACGUGCUCGCACGCACGCCCCACCUUCUGCAACGUCUGCCGGGAAUCCCUCUCCGGGGUUACCUCCCACGGCCUGUCCUGCGAAGUGUGUAAGUUCAAAGUUCACAAACGGUGUGCCGUGCGAGCCAGCGCCACCUGCAAAUGGACUACCCUGGCCACCAUAGGCAAUGACAUCAUUGAGGACGAAGAUGGCGUGGCCAUGCCCCAUCAGUGGCUGGAGGGGAACCUGCCCGUCAAUGCCCGCUGCGCCUCGUGUGACCGCAUGUGCGGCAGCGUCCGCAGGCUCCAGGAUUACAAAUGCCUCUGGUGCAAGGCCAUUAUUCAUGGCACCUGCAGAGACCAGUUUUCCAAGAAGUGCCCCCUGGGCCAGUACCGCGUGUCCAUCCUGCCGCCAACAGUUCUGAACUGCAUGGACUCGGACGGGUUCUGGAAGGCCUCCUGCCCCGGCGCCUGCUCCAGCCCUCUGCUCGCCUUUGUCAAUUCCAAGAGCGGCGACAACCAAGGGGUUCGCUUCCUCCGGAAAUUCAAACAGUUCCUGAACCCGGCACAAGUGUUCGACCUGAUGAACGGGGGCCCUCACCUGGGGCUCCGCCUGUUCCAGAGAUUCUCCACCUUCCGGAUCCUGGUGUGCGGUGGAGAUGGCAGCGUGGGCUGGGUUCUCUCGGAAAUCGACACUCUUGGAUUACACAAACAGUGCCAGCUUGGGGUCCUGCCCCUGGGGACGGGCAACGACCUGGCCCGCGUGCUGGGCUGGGGAAGCCUGUGCGAUGAUGACACUCAGCUCCUGCAGAUUCUGGAGAAGAUGGAGCGGGCCACGACCAAGAUGCUGGACAGGUGGAGUGUCCUGACCUGGGAGGCCCCCGGGGGAGUGCUGACCCGUAGGGCCGGACAGUGCACCCCGGUGAGCAACAGAACCGACAUGCUGAUUCGGGAGCUGGAGAUGGAGCCCCCGGCCGCCACAGGCUACCCGGAGAGCGCCCCGCUGGCCGCCCCGGCCGCCGAGGAAGAGGACGAGGGCGACGAGGACGACUUCGAAGGGGGCGCCGUGGGGGGUGUCCCCGCGGAGGUCUGCCAGCCCUCCAGCCUGGUGCCCCCGGCCUUCAGAUCCAAGGACCAGAUGGUGCUCAGAGCUAACAGCCUGAAGAAAGCCUUGAGGCAGAUCAUUGAGCAGUCGGAACAAGAUUCCCGCCGAGACACCUUGUCAUCCACUGCAUCCUCCGUCUUUCUGGACCAACCCGAUGACUCAAGCUCGAGCAACUUUGCCGAGGAGCCCGUCACCAUCCAAUUCUCGGAAAAGUGCGUGAUGAAUAACUACUUCGGCAUCGGUCUGGACGCAAAGAUUUCUCUGGAGUUUAACAACAAAAGGGAUGAACACCCCAAGAAAUGCAGCAGCCGCACCAAGAACAUGAUGUGGUACGGGGUGCUGGGAACCAAGGAACUCCUGCAGCGAACCUACAAGAACCUGGAGCAGCGGGUGCAGCUGGAGUGUGACGGGGAAGUCAUGGCCUUGCCGAGUCUGCAGGGAAUUGCCGUGCUCAACAUCCCCAGCUAUGCGGGAGGCAUCAACUUCUGGGGCGGAACCAAGGAAGACAAUAAUUUUGGAGCGCCUUCUUUUGACGACAAGAAGCUGGAGGUGGUGGCAGUGUUUGGCAGCAUCCAAAUGGCUGUGUCCCGAGUGAUCAACCUUCAACAUCACCGCAUUGCCCAGUGCCGUGUGGUCAAGAUCACCAUCUGUGGUGAUGAGGGGGUCCCCGUGCAAGUGGAUGGAGAGGCCUGGGUCCAACCCCCAGGUAUCAUCAAGAUUCAGCACAAGAACCGAGCCCAGAUGCUGACCAGAGACCGGGCCUUUGAGAGUACCCUCAAGUCAUGGGAAGAUAAGCAGAAAGGGGAAAGCUACCGAUCAGUCCGACCCCGGCUCAACUCCCAGCAGUCCAUGGAGUACCUCACCGAGGACGAAUACAGACUGUUGCAGCGCUUUGCCCGCUCUGCCGACAUCCUCAUCACCAGGAUCCGAGAAGUGGCCAAGAUCCACAAGGCCAUAGAGCAGGAGCUAGCCCACUCGGUGAACGGCUGUGCCUCGGCCCUGACCGAAGUGCUGCCCAGCAAACGCAGCGGCAGCAGCCCCGAGAGUCUGAGCAGAAACUCAGCUGUGGAAGUUUCGAUUAGCGUGAAAGCCUUGUACAAUGAAGCUAGAGCUUACGUGGAAGGGAAGCUGCAGCUGGACAGUCCCCGGCGGGAGGAGGGGCUGCAGGUUGCCUUAGCCAAUGUCAGCCAGGAGCUGGAGAAAGUGUCUGAAAUCCAUUGGAUGGCACCCAUCCUCAAUGCCGUCACGGAAGAGGAGAGCUUGGGACAUGCUAGCAAGGGCAGCUUCAGGUUGCGCCUGAACAUCUCCAGAGGAAAGAAAAGCAAGUCCCACAAGGUCAAAUGGAGCAGUUCCGUCUCAGGUAAGUCCCUUUGCCACAAUUGCAGGGAUAGAGUUAGUUUUCCUGAGGCUGAGCUCUCUAGAGAAACACAGUGCUGGCAGGAAAGAGGGAAGAGAUAGUCAUUGUUCCCUGUCCUCCAAGUGUGCAGACAAGAUGAAGCAAGUUCAAAAGGUGCCAUCUUGGACAGUUCCAAGGGAUCCCAGAACUGUCACGAGGGCUUGGGGGAACAUGGAAGUUCAGUCUCUUCCCUUGACUUUCUCAGCAAGACAGGAGGCUGCAGGGCAGGUUUCCCUUGGAGCUGACUCCUCAACCUGCUGAAAGAAAUCUAUUCAGAAAGCCGCCAAUUAUUUCUCUGCUCUGCCCAACGCUGUUCCCCUCAGGCCACAAUAUGGCUAAAGAGCCAUCCUUAGAUACCACUCCUAGUCAAAUCUGGCUUCCUCCCUGUGCCUGGAGCAAGACAAGCUUUUAAUCCUGACAGAUUUGCUUUUGUAAAAGGCUCAAAACAGAGCCAAGUGGGGCUUGCUCACUUGUACACUCUCACUCUCUCUCUCUCUGAGCCUUCUAAAUUUAAUUUUCCCAGGAAAAUCUCUCUCUGCCCUUCAGCUGGGUUUUUUUCUUCCCGUUUUGGACCUGCCCAGGAAGUAAAGAGGAAGGGCAGGGGGAGACUUUCAGCCUCAGCAUUCCAGUGCCAUCUUGAUUCUGAGCUGAUGAGGAGAGAGAAAGUCUUAGCCCAGGUGCUAAGAGCCCAUGACCACCCUUGCCAGAGCCCGUCUGUGCAAGUGCUACUCCUCCCUGAGCAGGGAGGAACAAAGAUCAGGAGAGGAGGUUAGAAGGUGAGAGGCGGAAGGCCGGCCCAGCCUGGAAGAGGCUGGGGGAGCUCACCCUCUAGUCUGGCCAGUGUCCCGAGGGGUUGGGCUCCAAGUGACCUUUUUACGAUUCUUUAAAUUGUCACUAGUUGGCAACAGGGAGAUACUUGAAUUAUCUUGUUGGCUCCUUUACCUAAAACCUUUUUGACAAAAACUUGUGGCCAGGCUACCCAUCCAGGAGAUCUGAAGGCAGACCCUAUGGUGCCACUACUUCCUUUCCU